AUGAUAUUGGUGGGCCUCAGCACUACCCUCUCCGCCUUGUGGUUCUGCCGCAAAGUGGGCUGCUGGGCGAAAUCGCUCGGCCGCCUGGGAGCACUGAUUCUGCGCUUCGUGCGGCGGGGGAGCCCGGAUGAAGCUCUCGCUCUGCUCGGUGAAGCCGUGUUGCUGAAUCCUCCGGAUGCACUGCUGCAUCUCGCCCGGGCACAGGCCCAAAACGAGUGCAGAAGGCAUCUUGAAGCUUUGGACGAUGCAGAGACCUGCGUUUCUUUGGACAGCAAGUGCCUGGAGGGCUGGCUACAGAAGGGUAAGGCUGAACUCGCCUUGGGCAGAGCAGCCGAUGCGGCCGUGAGCUUUCAGGCUGGUUUGGCCCUUGAGCCAAAUCACCCGGAGCUUUUGAGGCAACUCUCAGAAGUGGCACCGGCACCGAACAUCUUACAGCAAUUCAAAGAGUUAGUCUUUGCAGCAAGGCUUGGCCUUGAAAACUUGUUUCAGACUCUGGAGGACCCGCAGAGGACCACAGACGCUUUCGUUGAUAGCAAUGCAGAGGUGCUGGAUGCACAGAUCUCUUUGUUGGCACAGACUCUGCAUGUGAACGUCUCAGUGCUCUUCGACUCCCCGAGGCUCUGCGAUGCUUACGAGCAGAUCGUCCACGCUUGCGCACAGCUGGUGUCUGGUGCACCGAAAUCCUUUUCGAGAAAGCUGCGGAAUGCCAAGAAGAUCCUUGAGGGACUCAGCCUGGCCGUGAGAAUCGGCUGGCAGAUCCACCAUGGUCUUGCCAAGCACGCCGCCAGCGCCCUGAUCAUCCUUGCCACAUGUCCUGAGGCGGAGGAGGGACUUCGAAGAAUGGCCGUUCGACAGCUAUUGGGAGGGCUUUUGCGCUGGCUGGUGGAUGCAAGGCCAGAGCCGGAGCGGGAGGUGGAGGAGGUCUGCGGAUGCAGCUGCGCUGUCCCUUGGAAGGCUGCUGCCUGUUACUUAGAGCGACUCUUUGAGAGAGAGGGAAGGCCCAUGGCUUUGAUCCAAUUUGAGUGCGAGCAUUGGCCUGACACAGUUCAGCUGUGCCAGUGGCUCACCUUGUCGGUUCGAGAUUAUCAUUCCACCCCACUUGGCCUCGUGGCUCUGCUUCAGAUGCCCGGAGUGGCGGCCAGAGCGAUGAAGACCCAGGCAAGAGUUGACUUCUUCAUUGCACCGCAUCUUUUUGCUGAGGAGUUUGGCGACGAGUUCGAGGAAGCCGAGGAGCCGCAGGAGCCCGAAGCUUCGGAGGAAACCUGGGAAGUCGCAAGGGCGAGCAACGUCCCAUGGUGGAGAGCUGCGCAGAUGAGCAGACAACCCUUGAGAGCCUGGAGACAGCAGAUGCGCUUUGCGGCGGCGGCCGUGGCAGCAGCAAGUGAGAACCAGGACCAUCAGAACCAAGAUCCCUCCUUGUCUUUUCCAGAGGUAGCUUCCGCAUCUUCGAGCUUCAGCCGGGGUCCAGGUGCUGAGAUCUCGAGGCUCCUGGGGAACGAUCCGAAUCUUGCCAGUAUCCUAAAUGCCGCUUCCUCCGCCGGGAUUCCGACUUUGUUCCGGUGGAUCCCCGAUCCACCGCCACCUCCACCCCAAAGGCUCGGAGAGUGGCUCAUGAAUUCAUUGGGUUAUUUAUUCCUUUUUAUUGAAGGCGAUGCCCUAUUCACAGUCUAUGCCUGCCGGGCUCUCAAGACACUGGCAAAGGCUGAUCCAGAUGGUGACGGGCAAACAAGACUACUAAAUGGCAUGUGGCUGGGCGUUCCUUUGCUCAGUAAACUGUCUCUCGCAGCUUGCACGAACACGGCAGCGCUUGAUUUGCUGCACUGCCUCUUCGAAGCAAAGUGCCCCGUGGCAAGAGCCGGUAUUCGAUGUGCCACACGGUCUUUAGCCCAUGCUUUGGCCAGCGAUGCUCUGCCCAACGAGCAGGACGGUGAUAUCCACAUGGCCUCUUCAUCCAGCGCUUCGUCGCAGGACAUGCAAGACGUGUCAGAAGAGGCGGAGGAUUUUUCUGGUGGAUCCCAGGGAACUGACGGAGCUGCCCAGGCCCAGGCAGCUCAGGCCCAGGCACCAGAGAUGCUGGGCGAUGGCGAUGCUGGUUUUGCCCAGAACCUUCUUGGCCAUGAAGAUGAUCUGGUGCCAUCCUGGGCAGAGUUUCACCACGAGCUUUUUCAGGAGCUGGCUUGCCCCACAGACAGGGAGCAUGCGCCGGAGCUCGUGACCCUCGCGAAUUUUGAAUUGAAGGCCAGCCUCCUGGCGGAGCAGGCAACGGUCCAUUCGCUCGAGCCGCAGACAGAGGAGGGAAGAAACUACAGCUUUGCAGCUGUUCCAGCGGCAUGGAACCGAAAUGUCCUGGUGGAGAUGGAUCCGAAGCAGGGAAAUCAGACCUCGGACGAAGAUGUCCACGGUUCACCACCAGGAUGGCAGACAGUUUCUUCCCAGCGAUUGCUCCUUUUCCAUGAGCUAGAUGGCUUCCCCGUGGGCUCUGCUGAAUACCUUCACGAUGGCCGGAUGAAAGGCAAGGUCGUGCUCAUGUCCAGGCGAUCGAUCCGUUCCAGUCAGAAGGUUCACAAUUGGGCGCAGGCCGUAUCCUCUGCUGAGCAGGCAGGUGCUUCUGCAGUCAUCGUCUUCAACGACCUUGAUGCGAUGGAGCCCUUCCGGAUGGGACUCUUCGGGGAAAAGCUGCCUUCUAUUCCCGCCUUCAUGAUCAGCGGGAAGGAUGGAGCGAGCCUGGGCACACGGUCGCGGGACUCGGAGGUGAUCAUCGUCAGGUCGGUCUUGACCUCUGCCAGCUCUCGUUCGCCACCUCCCUGGCCGCUUGCAGGUGGACGCAUCGCAGAUAUCGCCCAGGCUUGGAGUCUAUUGGAAGCUCUCUCGGCACAUGGCGAGCCUUCCGAUGAUCUAGAGAAGCUGCUUCAGCGAAUGAGCGUGCCGGAAAAGCGUGUGUGGCUGACGCGCCGGCUGGUACGUCAUCAUCGUGCCCAGCAGGCCUCGGAUGCAGACCUCGCAGAGACACCGCUGGCCUUCGUUGAGAGCGACCGAUGGCUGGCGGCGGAGAAACAGCUCGCAGCUCUCCGGCACCAGGUGAUGGAGAAGACCGGGCUGGGGAGUGUGGACAUCUGCGGUGAGUUCGAAGUGCGCUUCCGUGGUGAGCAGGGGGUGGGAAGCGCUGUGGUCCGGGAGUGGAUGGACCUGGUGGCUAGAGACGUCUAUUUGCAGCCCAAGUUGAGGUUGCUGCGGAGCUAUGACCAACGGCAGACAUUUUGGCCAGAUGCUGCA